GUCCCAUCAGCUCUUGAAGGAUUUUGGAGUCACAAGCAGGCUGGAAGCAAAGUCUUCUCUUAGUAGACGCUGGGUGAUUAAAGCCAGGAAGGUGUGCUCCGACUCCUCAAAUCUGUUCUCUGUGAUCGUGUCCGGCCAGUCAGUCGGUUGGAAGGCCCAACCUGGAUGUUAGAGGUAGAAACACAAAGGUGACUUGCGUUUGUAGGCACCAUAUUCUAUAAAUUCAGUGGUGGGAAUCAAGCAAAGUGUUUGAGAGCUUUUAGUCUGCAUACUUUUUUUAAAUUUUUUUUAUUUGAGAUAAACUUUAUUUAAAUAUUGCAAAUAUAGUUGCCAGGUACGUUCAAUUAUUUUACUUAAAAAAAAACUUACCCUACUGAAUUAAAGUAUUUCACAAGAACUAUUGGCUCAUUACCAUUAAUUACCAUAUGCUUUGUAAGAAGUGAACAAAAUGGGCAUACAAUUUUUUUUGUUAUUUCUUGGUGGUUUAAGUGAAGUUUCUCAUCUCUCAGUAUGGAAACAAACUUCUCCCAUUAACAGAAAAUGUGUUGUGGCACCAUCGUGGGUUCCUACGCACCUAAAUGAGUUUUACACCGUGGACAGGUGGCCGCCGUCCACGAGAACCCCGGGAACCAGGAGAAGUGUUUAUUUGCAGGCCAGUGCUGAGUAACGUUCGCCUUUCUGAACGUUAUCACUUCAAACUGGUGUCCGUGGGGGUUCUCGAAAAGCUGGACGUUAAUCCUUCGGCCCCCGAUCGACGUGUCGUUGCGGCUGGAGAGCGCCAAUCGGCUCGGCACGAAGUGGAUAUCCGUCCCGACCGCCAGCUCGUGGCCGCACGCCCUGCACAGUAGCAGGGUAGCGGCGCUGCUGGUGCCCACCUCCGCCACGGCUGCACAUGCCUCACCGGGCUGGUAUGCUGUGGGAUGAAACAGCAGUGCGAACGAAAUAUAUUGCAUUAUUAACCUCUCCAGCUGCUUUACCAGCAGCCGCAGGCUCCGCUUGUGCAUCAUUGUUGCCUCUCGCGCACAUGGAAUCACAAACUAGCUUAGCUUAAACUCCUAGCUAGCUGUUUUUAGCUGAGGUGAGCUAGCAUCGAUGGGUGUCGUUUCGGUACCAAUCGAAAGUACACCAGAGCCAUCAAUUAACAGGUCAAGAAGCACUAAAGCGCAGUGACCAUCUUUAUAUUGUAUGGUGAUUAGUGGACGUAAGAAGUGUCUAGCUUAAAAAUAAAUUGCGUUAGCUUGCUGCUAACUAACGGCCGGAAGUAAACGCCAGACCGGAAAUACGCGCCAGACUCAGCAACCGGAAAUGCAGUUUUCUCUUCUAGCAAAAACUAAACUGCGCACAUUUAAUUUUACAGUCACAAAACAGUCAAAUUGAUAUUUACUCUACUAGAAAAUCCGUUUAAAUGUACUUUAGCUGCAUUUAUACUGUUCAAAGACGUUUUUAUGUGGUAACCGCGGUGUCCUCCAUUUUGAGUUUCGUAGUGCUCCCUCUGAUUUUAGAGUAAGAAAGAGGUAGAGUAAAACACAAAUUAACAGUUUAAUUAUAUAUUAUAUAGGUUAUUUGUAAGGAGAUGUAAUAAUAUGGGCGUUUUAACGGUUGAUUUAAACAGCAUCCGUUACUUUCAGUGGUCACCACGGGCAACGCGUAUCGUAAACUCGCCUCCGCCAAUCACAGAACGGGAUACUGCAAAUGAGCCAAUCAGAGGUGUCGUUGUUGUCGAUUCAAACAACCGUCCGUUCCACAGACAAAACGCCAAGAUUUAUCAUGGAAACACUGGGUCUUAGUUGAUUCUGAAUGUUGUUGUAACGUCUCGAAAAUAAUGAAAACCCGGGAAUCACCACCACCGGUUCACGUGCACGUACUGGAGACGACACCUGUACACGUGCACAUGAGGAGGAGUCCAAAGAAUCGGAUAAAAGAGUCCCCGGUGAGGGGAGAUGGAGGGAGGCCGAAGGUGCGGACGCCGUGGAUUCCUCCAGGAAGACUGUCCUGCAGAAGAGACGUGGGCUCCUACCAGUGUCAGAGAAGCAGAGCAGAGCAUCGAUCAGAAAGUAGAGUCGGACAUCGAUGUGAUGAUGAUGAUGAGGAGGAAGAAGAGCUCGAUGCAGUAUCUAAAAACCUCAGCGUCCUCCUCAGAGAGCAAGAGAGCAUCCGUCAUUUAAAGAAGUCAGAUUCUCGGGGUCAACACAGAGAGACCGACGUGCUCCUGAGGACGCUCGUCGAAGCAGAAAUCGACGGCGUAGCGGUCGCUAAUCAGCUGACAGCGCUGAAGGAAACCAUCGACAGCCUCUCUAAGGUCAAGCGGCUGUCAAAGUUGCACGCAGCGUCACUGGGACGGCAGCAGGGGUUGCUGCUGGAGAAGAUCGAGAUGUUUGACAACACGAACCACAGCCUGCGAGAGCUCCUCAGAGACCGGAGUGAAUACGAGAGAGAAUUGUCGGUGUGGUCGGAACAGAGAGACGCCUUAAAGAAGAGAUUGACUGACAGCGAAGCAGAGAACAUUAGACUCUUGGCUAAACUCACCAACAAGGAGAAGGAGGCCUCUAAGCUUGCCGUGCAUUUGGACUUUGAAAAGGACAACGUGAAGACGACGGAGGAGCUUUCAAGAAUCCUGCAGUCGACCCGCCAUCAUCUGGAAUCUGAGCUGAACAGAACAGAAGCAGAGAAAGUCCACCUGGCCACUCAGAUUCAGAGGAUGCAGCAGAGCCACGAGCAGCAGCAGGAGGAGCUGCAGACUCUGAGGCAGCGGAGAGAGGAAGAGCAGGAUGAGGAGGGGCGUCAGGACCAGGAGGUGCUGGCUCUGCUGACCCAGCAGACCGAGAGAGCCCAAGAGUCCACCAGGCAGCUCGCUGCAAAACUGCAGGAGAAGGAGUCCCAGUUGGCUCAGGCUCUGUCCACGUCAAGCGACUGGUGCCUCCGCCACUCUAAAGAGUCAGCGGCUAAAGGACGUCUGGAAGAAGAAUUUUCUGCUCUCAGACUUCAGGCGAGCGAGCUGAACUCUCAGCUUCGUUCAGCGGAGGAGAGGAGUCGGGCGGAGAGGGAGGAGCUCAGGGAUCACCUCCAUCACCUCAGCGCUGAAAACGCCUCCACGAAGCUGGACAGCCAGAGACUCAGGGGUCAGCUGACGUCCUCCGAGGAGAAGCUCCUCGAUCUGCAGUCUGAAGCUCGUCGGCUGAAGUCAACGAUCAAAAAGCACGAAAACCUGGUGGAGAAACACAAGAAGAAGGUGCAGCAGGUGCGUCUGGAGUCGGAGGAGCACCGCCUGAAGCUGGAGGCGACACAGGAGGAGGCGCGGGAGGCGACGGUGAGCCUGGAGAGGGAGACGGAGCAGGUGAGGAGGGAGCUGCUGGGCCGGCUCGGGGAGCUGGAGGCGCUGCCCGACUGCCUGAGGAGGGCGGAGCUGCAGCUCCGGGGCGCCCGGCAGGAGGCCGACGCCCACGAGAGGAGGAAUGCGGAGCACAACUCGGCCCUCGCUGAGGUCAGACACAAGGUGGAACAGCAAGGCACUCAGCUGGAGACGUUCCAGCAGAGGAACCUGCUGCUGCAGGAGGAGAACAACGUUCUCAAGGAGAAAAUACACAACUUAGAGAGGAGGCUGGAGGAGAUGAAGGUGGAAAACAAAGAGAUGUCUCAGGCUCUCCCGUCUCAGGAGGCGACUAUCCGCAGCGUUCAGCAGCAGCUGGAGGAGAAGACGCGCGAGUGCAGCGUCCUGUCCAGACAGCUGCAACAGACUCUGGACGACGCACACAGACGGGUGGACGAUAGCAUGCAGAGGGUUCUGACCAAAGAGAGAGCGUCUCAGUCUAAAGCCUUGGACCUGCAGAGCCAGCUGAGCCGAGCGAAAACAGAGCAGAGUCACCUUCAGCAAAGCAAGGAGGAGUUGGAGCGUCGUUUCCAGACUCAGCUGCAGAACAUGAAGGACAGACUGGAGCAGUCGGACUCCACAAACCGCAGUCUGCAGAACUACGUUCACUUUCUCAAAACCUCAUAUGGAAACGUGUUCGGUGACUCUUUGCUUGCGAGCUGACGAGCAUUCUUCCUUCCUUAAAGCAUUGCAGCAGACCUAAAUGAGUUUUAUACUCUAUCUGAAAUGAAUAAAAAACGUUUUAAAAUGAAGUGCUCACAUUAUAGUUGCCUGAAUGUAUUUAUAUGCUCUUGUAGAAAUAAUGUCCUGCAUAACUUGAUUCUGAUGAUUUCUUAUUUCAAAUCUUCCAUCUUUCAUGUCAAUUAAAAACGAUUUCACCUUUUGACAAAUGUAUAAUUGUAGUUCAGACAAAACGAGGAAAAUGAGCGAGGACCCACGAGAACAGACUUCCAGGAAGUGUUUUA